AUGCCAUCUCAGCACGCCAUUGUCGCAGAAGCCCCUAGCCGGGUCCGACUUGUGUCAAAUGUCGAAAUACCUCAGCCAGGAGAAGACGAAGUUCUAGUCAAAAUUCAUUCUAUUGCUUUGAACCCCGUAGACUGGAAGACUUUGGCCUACUCCAGUACCCCGGGGGCUAUCAGCGGAUGCGACUUUUCAGGAGUCGUGGCAGGUCCUGUUGGUGCCAAAUGCAAACGGGCGCUGAGAGAAGGAGAGCGAGUCUGUGGAUGGGUGAUGGGUGCGAAUCCUCUCCGUCCAUCCAAUGGAUCCUUUGCGGAAUAUGUCGCCGCAAAGGCUGAUUUACUCUAUCGAAUUCCGGAAAAUGUCACCUUCGAGAACGCGGCUACUAUUGGGAUCGGGGCGACAACUGGCGGACUGGCCUUGUUCAAAACCCUCGGUCUUUCCUUUGCCGAACGCAAGGUGACCCCGUCCUCACCAUCGGUGCUUGUGUAUGGCGGAGCAACUUCGUCGGGUAUCAUCGCCAUCCAACUUCUGCGGGUAGCUGGAUAUCGGGUCAUCGCCGUGUGUUCGUCCAGGAACUUCGGCUUUGUCAAAGAUCUUGGCGCAGAAGUGGCAUUCGAUUACCACUCGGACACAUGCGGCAAGGACAUCCGUGCCUAUACACAAGACGAUCUUGGUUAUGCGCUAGACUGCAUUUCCAGUACGAGCAGCAUGGGGAUCUGCUACGACGCCUUGCGCAGUCAGCCGGGUGCGCAGUACGUGUCGCUCGACCCGUUCCCGGACCGUGUGCAGCGCUUGCGACCGGAGGUCGCCGCCGAAUGGAUUCUCGCCUUCACGGUGACCGGGGAAGAGGUGGGGCUUGGCGGGGCCUUUCAUCGGGACCCAACGCCUGAGGACUAUGAAUUCGGUGUUUCCUGGUGUCCGAAGAUUGAUCGGAUGCUAGAAGAGGGGAAACUUCAUCCGCAGCAGCCCACGGUUGUGGAAGGGGGUUUGGCUGGAGUGGCCGAUGGCCUCGAGAGGCUGAAGAAGGGCGAAGUGCAUGCAUCAAAAUUAGUGUAUGUGCUCUAG